CGGCUAAUGAUGUCUGUUUUUGCGUACGUGGACGACCUCAUCUUGGCAGCAGAAUUCCAAAUGCCAUCAGUCUCAAGCUGACAUGUAAUUACAGACGUUCAACCUUUUCGGCCGCAGGCUAUGCGGCCUUUCGCCCAUCCUACCCUGCAUCACUCUUCAGGACGGUGCUGGCGUAUCACAACACCCAGUCGACGAGCGGCACGGCGCUGGACCUGGGUUGUGGCCACGGCCUCAUCUCGCGAGAGCUCAGCCCGAGCUUCGCUCGCGUCAUCGCCAUUGACCCUAGUGCGGGUAUGGUGAAGCAGGCAGCAGAUUCAACCUCGGACCCGAAAAUCACAUUUCGCCAAGCCAGCUCUGAGGAUCUAUCUUUUGUGGUAGACGCCUCGGUAGACCUCGUGGUCGCGGGCCAGGCGGCGCACUGGUUCAACUACGACAAGGUAUGGCCUGAGCUGGCGCGAGUGGUCAAGAGCGGCGGAACGUUGGCGUUUUGGGGAUAUAAAGACAACAUCCUCGUCGGGUUCCCAGCGGUUAACGAUAUCUUUAUGCACUUUUGUUACGGCGAAGGGGAGUCGUCGCCCGGCAGCGGAGUGGAGACGAUGGGGCCGUACUGGGAGAAGCCCGGGCGGCAGAUCCUGCGGGAUAACCUGGCGGCGGUUGUGCCUCCCGAGUCGGAGUGGGAGAAGGUGAAGCGCAUCGUAUACGACCCGGAUAGGAAGACUUCCCAGGCGGAUGCAAAUACCGAGGCGAUGGAUCCUGAAGAUCCGCGGGCGGCGUGGCAGCAGCGGAAGACGAUGAAGCUGGGCGAGUUUGAGGGGUAUGUGCACACUUUCAGCGCGUACCGCGGGUGGAGAGACGCGCAUCCGGAGGUGAAGAGCCGAGCGGAGGGCGGGGCGGAAGGGGACAUUGCGGAUCUGUUGUUCGAUCGGUUGCUGGAGGCGGUGCCAGAGUGGAUGGCUGCGGGAGACAAGUGGCGGGAUAUCGAGGUUGAGGCUGUGUGGGGAACGACCAUCAUCCUGGCCAAGAGGAAGUAAAACUAAGGCUUCGGACUCUGUCUGUACGUACGAGUAGAGAUGAUGUGACGGGAUCGAGAGAGGCCAUGGAGAAGGGAUCCGUUUGUGCCGAAAGUGAAGUGAGAUGACUCGCAGGUCGAGCCCGAUAUGGCAGUCUGAAGAGUCGGGACGAACCGCAACGUGCAAGUUUGGGGCGAUUGAGAGUUUAGGCGGUCUUGGUAACCGUGGUUAGGCACAAUUCGAAUUUAGUGCAAAGACAUGGCUCGUACCUAAAUGUGUUAGUAGAUCAUGUCGACUCACCGCAAUGAAAGACGUCGAUAGCGUUUGUGCAAGUCUCCAGCCAUGACAGAAUAUUGGAAGAUGGAGUCGUGGACCAUUGGGCAGGUGGACAUUGGGACUGAGCAAAAAAGGAAAGGGGGGCAGCAACUCAUCCGAGAGCCGUGAU